GAUUCACCUGUUCCCCAAUCAGGCGACUUACCCCCCUUCCGCCAGUCCGAUUACUUCCUAGGUCCUGCGCCCGCCUUCCUGCUGUCUGAACGCUCGUCUCUUACAGCGGACUCUCUAAAAGCUCUCAGUGGUCCGACAAGUAAUAAUGCCUCGAAUGAGGAGCAACCACUUGCCUUGGCUGCGGGUGGCGUGGCGGGGGUAGAGCCUGAGGAUAAGGAGGCUCUAGGCGACUCAGCGACUGAGGAACCCACCGCGUCGAGAGGAAAAUCAAAAGGGGGUAAACGGAGGUUGAUGAUUGGGUUGGGCGUCUUGGCUGCGAUCCUUAUCAUCGUCUUGGUGAUCGUUCUUUCCGUUUAUUUCACGGUUGUGAAAAAGAAGGAUAAUGUUGAUGCGAGUGCUGGUUCGUCGGGUGGAUCGCCGACUGGGACUGGGACUGCUCCGAAGCCUACUGCGACGGGCAAGGCUGGGAAUCAUGUCACGGGCGGCGAUGGCUCCACGGUAACGUUAGCCAACGGCACGACGUUCACGUACACUAACCCCUUUGGUGGAUUCUGGGUCCAAGAUCCAUCAAACCCAUUCAACAACAACGCGCAACCAAACUCGUGGACGCCCCCCCUCAACACGUCAUGGGUGUGGGGCCAAAACAGGGUAUACGGGGUGAACCUUGGUGGAUGGCUCGUUUUGGAACCGUUUAUUUCCCCGUCAUUGUAUCAGAGGUAUCCUAGUGCGGUGGAUGAGUAUACGUUGAGCACGCUCAUGGCGGCUGAUACGGCUAAUGGGGGGUUGAAGCAGUUGGAGCAGCAUUAUGAUACGUUCAUUACUGAGCAAGAUUUCGCUGAGAUCGCUGGCGCGGGACUUAACUGGGUUCGCUUGCCUAUACCGUUUUGGGCCGUCGAGACCUGGCCUGGGGAACCGUACCUCGCAAAAACUGCAUGGACGUACUUUUUGAAAGCAGUACAGUGGGCACGAAAAUACGGUCUUAGGAUAUACCUCGAUUUGCAUACCGUUCCUGGGUCACAAAACGGCUAUAAUCAUUCUGGUCGUGGAGGCAAAAUCAACUUUUUAGAAGGCAACAUGGGGCUCGCCAACGCCCAACGAACCUUAUACUACAUCCGAGUUAUAACCGAGUUUAUCUCGCAGCCGGAGUAUCAGGACGUCAUACCCAUUUUUGGGAUUGUGAACGAGGCGGUGGAGCAGUCGAUUGGAAUCAAUGCGUUGACGAGCUUUUAUCUGGAGGCUCAUGAUAUGAUUAGGAAUAAUAUUACUGGGAAGGGGGCGGGACAUGGCCCGUACAUCGCGAUCCACGACAGCUUCCUGCCCGGAACGAUGUGGACUGGAUACUUACAGGGUUCGGAUCGGAUUCUAAUGGACACUCACCCGUAUUUCUCUUUCACGGGUGAGGCGAACCCGCAGCCUUUGGAUGUGAAUGGGGCCCAAGGUCAGCCGGGUGGACAGUGGCCUGCCGAGGCUCGGCAGAACUUUGGCGUCAGCGUUGGAGGCGAAUUCUCCGGCUCCCCUAACGACUGUGGGCUGUUCGUGUUGGGCGUGACUGGCACGGCGCUAACGCCGGGAUGUGAUACGUACGAUAAUUGGGCGAGUUAUACUGCUGCUAUGAAAGCUGGCGUACAGAAUUUCAUCGAAGCCCAAUUUGAUGCGCUUGGUGACUGGUUCUUCUGGACUUGGAAGAUCGGUGCAUCACAAGUAUCAGGAAACAUCGAAGCCCCCCUCUGGUCCUACCAACUCGGCUACCGCAACGGGUGGAUCCCCACCGAUCCACGGGUAGCCGUAGGCAAAUGCGCCUCCCUCUCAGCACCCGCCGGAUCCUUCUCCGCGUAUCUACCAUGGCAAACCGGAACACCAUCCACCAUCCCCGCGUCAUCCACCGCCUCCUUCCCCUGGCCUCCGACGACGCUGAAUAAUUUGGACGUGGCGAUGACGCUGUUGCCUACGUAUACGAAUACGGCGCCUUUGAUUACGAUGCCGCCGCAGAGCUUUUCGGGUGCGCCUGCGCAGGUUACGAAGAGCGUUGAUGGGUGGUUUAAUGCCCAGGAUACGGAUAAGGGUGUUACGGCUGUUUCGGGGUGCACGUAUCCGGAUGAGUAUAUUGCGACGUUUGCGGUUGUGCCGACUGCUGCUUGUACGGGGACGUGA